GACGUAAGCGGAAGUGACGCCCCCUGCACGCCUCGCUGCUUGCCUGACUCGACCCUCCGCCUCCCGCGCCCCUCCUUCCCUACCGACCAAACUCGAGCGACGUGUCGGCUGUGCAGCGACGGACGCGAUGGAGGACGCGACCCACGCCGAGGCCGAGGACGAGGACCGUUUUGAGGACGCCUACGACCGCAUUCCCGCCGCACGUCACAUGGACCUGCAGGCGGCCAUCCGGGAGACUCAGUGCGCCUUGAACUUGGUCCUCAACAACAAGUUCUCCGAAGCCCUGGAGCUCCUGAAGCCAUGGUGGCGCGACAGCAUGUACCACGCCUUGGGUUACAGCAGCAUCUUGGUGCUGCAGGCCGCCAUGACCUUUGAGCACACAGACAUCCAGGUUGCCAUGGCGACCAUCAAGGAGGCCUUGCACACCUGCCAGAGGUUUCGCAAGAAGAACUCGGUGGUGGGGUCGCUGUCCAGUCUGAUCAGCGGGCCGGCCAACCUUCGGGAAGAGGAGAUGCACGCCGAGCUGUGCUACGCCGAGUGCUUGCUGCAGAAAGCCACGCUGACCUUUGUGCAGGACGAGAACAUGAUCAGCUUCAUCAAAGGAGCCCUGAAAAUCAGAAGCAGCUACCAAAUCUACAAGGACUGCCACAACGUGCUGGACGCGGCGCACGACCGGAGCAGCCAGUCGGACUCGCGGAGGCAGUUUGAGGGCGGAGUCAAGCUGGGCGUCGGCUCCUUCAACUUGAUGCUGUCCCUCCUCCCGCAGAGGAUCCUCAGGCUGCUGGAGUUCAUCGGCUUCUCCGGAAACCGGGAGUUUGGCUUGUCCCAGCUGCGGGAGGGAACGCGCGGCUCCAGUUUGCGCUCCAUCUUGUGCACCUUGACGCUGCUCUUCUACCACACCUACGUCACACUGGUGCUGGGAAGCGGCGAGGGCGACCUGGCGGAAGCCCAAGCCCUGCUGGAGCCGUACCUUCACAAGUAUCCCCAAGGCGCCAUCAUCCGCUUCUACUCGGCCCGGCUGGCCACGCUGCGGGGACACUUUGAAGAGGCGUGCUCGGGCUACCAGGAGUGUGUGAGCAGCCAGCAGGAGUGGAAGCAGAUCCACCACCUGUGCUACUGGGAGCUCAUGUGGACGCACUCGUACCAGCAGGAUUGGCCGCAGGCGUACCGCUACGCCGAGCUGCUGUGUCGCGAGAGCCGCUGGUCCAAGGCCAUCUACGUGUACCAGAAGGCCGCCAUCCUCAGCAUGAUGUCGGAGGAGGACGUGAAGAAGACGGGCCAAGACGUGGCGGAGCUCUUCAGGCAGGUGGAAGGGCUCAAGCAGCGGCUGGCCGGCAAGUCCAUCCCCACCGAGAAGUUUGCCGUGCGCAAAGCUCGCCGCUACAAGGCCGGCGCCCCCGUGCCGCUGGUGCUGCCGGCUCUGGAAAUGAUGUACGUCUGGAGCGGCUUCACCAUCGUAGCCAAGCGAGCCGACUGCACCGAGGCGCUGCUGGUGACCAUCGAGGCGGCCGAGGAGCGGCUCGCCCGCGACCCCCAGCCAUCCGAGUUCCACGUGGACGACGGCUGUCUGGUGCAGAUGCUGAAGGGUCUUUGUCUCAAGCACGCGGGACGCCUGUUGCAGGCCGAGCUCUGCUUCACGCACGUCCUGUCCAGUGAAAAUCGCAUCCGUUAUGAUCACUACCUGGUCCCCUUCACACUGUACGAGUUGGGCCUCCUCUACCGACAGCAGGGUGACGACGCCAAGGCCGCCGCCUUCAUGGAAAAUGCCAAGAGCAACUACAAGGACUACUCCAUGGAGUCCAGACUGCACUUUCGCAUUCACGCGGCCCUCAGCAGCUUCAAAAGUUCGCCCGCUGCCACCCCGUACUAGCCAGCGCCUCCUCCAGCCAAGCCUGCUUUUUUCUUUUCUUUUCUUUUUUUUUUUUCCCCCGCCCCCCCAGGCUGUGCAAAAGGCCCUUUUGGAAGAGCUAUUGUUUCAAAUUGUCUUUUGGGGGCGGGGGUGGGGGGGGGUGUUCACAUGCCCCAACAAUUUUUGCAAUUAUGGUGAAAAUGUAUUUACCGGUACUUUGGUGGUCCCAGCCAUGACCCCCCCCCCCCCACCUCAAAAGCAUGUCCUGGAAAGUUAGAACAAAUUUACCAAAAUGACCUGAAAUUUGGCGGACGCGCCCCCCAAAGUAGAACACACAAGAACCAGGAAAUGAGGCAUUUUGGGUGCUUUCCAAGAGAAAGUUUUCUGGAAUUCUUAUUUUUGUGGCGAGGAGGAGGGGGGGGGGGCAGUCCCAGGUCAGCAUUUUCACCUAUUGGCAACAUUUGGAGUACACGUUUGCCUGCCUCAAGUCUCCAUCCCUGAAACCAAACACUAAAGUUUUGGGUCCGCACGGCCUGAAUUCUGGGACCGCCGCUCGGACCAAGUCGGACCGAAGAAUUUGUCCCAAUGAGCCCCCGCUCGGCACCGGUCGGCCCUUUUGAUGAGCUGCCUUGAAUAGCGCAAGGUUUGAUUUGCCUUCGGCUGCCGAGCAAAGCGACCGCACGCCGCUCGGCUACCGCAAAGACGUUUUCUCCUACCUCUUUCUUUAGUUCCGAUUUGGCGCCUUUGCCUACUUCUUCGCGUCGACAAGUUGGGAGGACAAUCCGGCGCACGACACUCAUGAAGAUAGCAGGAAACAAAUGUGCACUUAUGCGAAUUGACGCGCUCCGCACUCCGGCCAGCUUCGACGGCGACAAACACUCCAACUGAGCUGUUAGCGUGCUACAAAACAAACUCCUCCUCAGACAAGCAGCUGAUGCCACGCGGCAAGACGAAAGAACGGCGCGCGACGUCUACGUUGUGACGUCAACGCGCGGACUUUGGUCCCGCUCGUUUUCGUGCGCAAAAGCGUCUGGAAAGAGCGCUCGCAAGCGCCAUUCUUAAAUGAGGCCUGCUCCAGGCGUGUCACUUUUCUGUUUUUAUUUGGUGUCGUCAUUCACCAAACUGCCUUGACGGGAUUUUCUUAAAUAUUUGUGUCCUCGCAACGAGGGGACGGAACCUCUCGUCGGCUUCAAACCAAACCUGGCGGCAAGCUGAGCUCCUCCGAUGCAAAAAGUCGGCGUGGCGAAGCGCGCCAGCGGGCAAGUUGCAAGACUCCCAAGUCGGAUGCGGUCAACCGCUGCGAUGCAAGCUUUACUCUUUCUAUUUAUAUUGAAAUCUGCUUUUUGUUGAUUUGUAUUUGGCCUUGACUUGCUGUCGAGUCACGUUCUGCUGUCCGUGGAAGGAAAAAAAACCGAAUAAAUGCUUUGGUGAACGUC